ACUCGGGUAACAUGUGUGAGGGCUGUGGGCCAUGGGACUCUAGAUAAUAUGAACUGGGCUGCACUUCUACAGCAUGUGCUGGUUAUGGUCCAUCUUCGGCAGAUGGUGUGCGAUACCUCCCGAUUUUACAUCGCAGAAGAACAAGAGGCUGGCGUCCGUGUGGGGACCCUUCGCCGAGACUUCCCCCCUCCGUUUAAACUGCUAAACCUUAACUACCUGUGGGUGGAUAAGAGCACAGGGGACCUCUACACUGCUGAGCACAAGAUGGAUCGAGAGACGCUGUGCCCCGAGGAGACAAUGGCUGGGGAAUGUAUUAUUCCACAUAAUGCCAUCGUGGGGCCCUCGGGAGACCUUGUACGGUUCCAUGUAGUCGUAGAGGACGUCAAUGACAACGCGCCGCGCUUUGAAAACAUUGAGAUCCGCCUGAGUCUGCUUGAGGAUAUAGAGGUGGGCAGCAGUGUUCCUCUGGAUGACGGGGCCACAGACAGGGAUAGCGGCGCCAAUGGGGAAUUGCAGUAUGACCUUCAAGACCCCGACGGGGUCUUUUGUUUAUCAGUGGAGAAGGGUGCUGUUGUUUCACUGGUUGUGCAAAGCGCUCUGGACAGGGAGCUCCAGGAUACCUAUCGCAUGUCUCUUGUGGCCACCGAUGGCGGAUCCGAGCCUUUGAGUGCUACGGCGACUCUGAUCAUUGACGUGAUGGACGUCAACGACAACUGUCCAAGGUUUGUCUCCGACAGUCCCCAAAGUGUCACCGUGCAUGGCGACACUGCCAGGGGAACGCUGGUGACUCAGGUCAGGGCCACCGAUCCAGAUCUAGGCCCGAACGCUGCCAUCAUCUACUCCCUCAGUCCCAAGGUAUCCGAGCGGGCCAAAAACCUGUUAAGCCUGGAUGGCCUCACAGGGCACGUCAGGUUAACUCUCAAUCUCCAGGCCGACAGCGCCGAGGAGCUGGUGUUGCAUGUGUUGGCCAGCAGCCCUCACUGCCCUCCAGCAGACACUCAGGUAACGGUAUCCGUGCUCCGCUCCACAAGGCAUACACCGGAGAUAAAGAUUGGGUUCAUAGCGGAGCACGAAAACCAGACUAUCCUGUUACGGGAGAACCUGCCCCCUACUGUCUUAGCGCUGCUGGAGGUGAGAGGGAACAGUGGCUUAGGCGACUCGUGUCUUAUCAUUAAAGGCGAGGUGCCUUUCACGUUAAGCCCGCAGAACGGCAAAUAUCUCCUUUCCACCUCCAGACCCUUAGACCACGAGAUGAAAGGGGAGUAUCUUAUUUCUGUGGGGUUUUCUGGGGCCAAGACAGGAGGCCACACCGUGGACACAGGCUCUGGGCUAGAGAUCAGAGUGCUUGUCCUGGACGUCAAUGACAACAUUCCUCAGUUUCUCCGGCCACAUUACCAUCUGGAGGUUGAGGAAAACAAGCCGCCAACGGGAUCUCUGCUGACCGUCAGGGCUACAGAUGCAGACAGCGGCCCCAACGGCCGGGUCACCUAUAGGCUGGGCAAAUACACAGCUGCCAUCUUCAGGAUGGGGAGCCAGACCGGUCAGCUGUCUGUGACCGUCCCGUUGGACAGGGAACAGCAGGAUGUGCACACAAUCAGCGUGUUGGCACGAGACAAUGGCUCUCCUCCAUUAGAAUCGCUAACAACCGUUUCCAUCCGUGUGCACGACCAGAAUGACAAUGCGCCAGCGUUUGUUACACCGCACUUCAUAUUUUUCAUCCCCGAAAACCUGCCGCCACUCGCCCACGUGGGCAGGAUAGGAGUGACGGACGCCGACGAAGGGGAGAACGGCGUCGUGGAGGUACGUGUUGUGAACACCACCGCCCCCUUCGUCAUGGACAACGCCCGGGGGAUGUUGAGGUGCACCACCAACGUUGACCGGGAGACGGUCGACCGGUACGAGCUUCACCUGCUCGCCACGGACCACGGCCACCCUUCCCCUCUGACCUCCGUCGCCAAGGUCACCAUCUUCCUCGAGGACGUCAACGACAACCAGCCAAGAGUGAUUCUCCCCGACAGCAACCUGUCCUGCCUGACCGUGUCGCCGGCCACCGCCGCGGGAACCAUGGUGACGAAGAUCUACGCCACGGAUGAGGACUCCGGGCUGAACUCGGAAAUCACAUACACUGUCGCGGCCCAGGAGCCGCCCCCCCACAGCAGCCCCUUCCGGCUGGAUUCAAGGUCGGGGAACAUCACCCUGACCCAGCGGCUGCUGGGGACAGACCUGGGGAUGCAUCACCUGUUCAUCGUGGUGAGCGACGGUGGGAAGCCGGCCCCCCUCCACACCACCGUUUGGGUCAAUCUACUAGUCAACGAGACCUUGGAGCCCUGCCACCUGGACAGCCUGCCCAGGUCUCUGCCUUACAGGCUGGCACAGACACCCUCCGAAGCAUCCGUCUGCGACGCCAAGCACGCUCAUCUGAUGCUGUUAGCGGGUCUUGGUACGAUGCUCGCAUCCAUCUGUCUGCUUUGCGUGACAGCUGUUUCAUACCUGAAACAGAAGAGAGGGCUGCGGGGAAACGGGAGGGGAAAGGAGGACGAGAAUUCGAUUCCACUCAGCCAUACAAAGAGGCAUUAUGAUGAGUAGCACACUAAAGCAAACAGUUAGCUUUAGCUCUAUGUCAACAAUGCAAUGAAUAUGUUGAAUUUGCAACUGCUGAAUGCACACAAAUGCAUUCGUAGUAUUGAAAUUUGAUGUCCAUUGGUUUUCCAAACGCCCUUGCCUCAUUGUGUAUAAUGCCGGCGGUUCUUUUUCCAUUGUUUUUGUUCAUAAAGUGUAUAGGUUUUAAUUUCCUGCAUGACAAGCCAGCGCUAAAUCCCAAAUAUCAGGUGAUUCAUAUUCAUGAUAAGCAAGCCACAUCGCAGAUGAAAUAAGGUUAACUUGAUAAAUAUGCGAUUGAAUAUAUAAAAAUACCCCCAGCGUGAAGGGAAGAGACCUAGGAGAAGAACAGUAACUGUCGCAUACGGCGUACACAGCAUUAGUCACUGCAAGGAGCACAUAUUCCCCCUCGAGCAAUAAAUAGCCCAGAGACCAGAAACUUCCCCAUCUCUGAGGACUCCUCUCCCUGGAGAGAACAGAACACCAUUCUGUCUGGCUAAAAAGACGGAGCUAAUGAUCCUGCUAAGUUGAUUAGCUCUCUCUCCCGUUUCCCUCUCUGAGUGAUGGAGAGUAUUAGGUAUUUAGUCGCACAAAGGGGUUUAACGUUCCUUUGGCGGAGGAGGAGGUGAUGAAAGUCCCGCAAGGAGAUGCUUAGAGGAGGCCUCCGGGCUGCAGGCAGGGGGAGACCGCCAGGGACCGCUUUGGACAGGUGAGCGGCAGGACCUGGAGAAGAUGACACACACACACACACACACACACACAUACACAAACACACACACACAGACACCCCUCAAGUCGCAAGCCUCUCUCCUGUUAUCCGAUCGGGCCUCUACUUAGCCGCAUUGUGCUGGGUGUCACCCUAAGGCCCUGAUCCAACGACACCGCCACAACGAUGGAACAUAAAUGUACACCGAAGAAUGGCCUCUAGUCCCCUUUCAGCCUGUUUACAUCAAAACCUGCAAUUUCGAUCGAGGAGUGUUACAUUAAUUCCAAGAAUGGAUCAUCUUUCCAUUCAUACCCCCGUUGCAAAGCUUCCGUUGCUAUGCUUUGUCGUGAGAUAUUGUCCUGCUAUCUAUUGUGCUACCAGAGGUUAUCUUUAUGCAAUCAUAAAUGUGUUCCCCGCUCCCUGUUGAAUUACGAAUAUUCACAACAACGGUUAAUAAAAAGCACACGCUUGAUAUUUGAUUGUAUGAGAGCUUUGAUAUUUGACUGAGAGCAAGAAGCAGUUUACAUUGUUAA